AUGACAACAACAAGACAACAGCUUACUAUUGCAAGGUUUCGUGAACUGUGGAAAAAUGAAUUUCUGCCAGAAAUUCGAAAGGAAAUCGACUCAGCGAAUGCCUCGCUAUAUACUGAAAUUCGUGAUCUAAACAAGCGCUUGGAUGAGUUUGAAAAGACCCUGUCCUUCUUUUCCGAACAGUAUGACCAGUUAAUAAAGAUUACACAGACAACUAAGAAACAAAUGCAGCAAAUUGAAAGCAAAAUCGAAGACCAGGGUAAAACAAUAACCGGAUUAAAGAACAACGACUAUGAUAAUAUGGCCGCCAUUGACGAAAUCCAACAAUACCAAAGGCGUGAUUGUCUGGAAAUUACAGGUAUACCUACAUUACCCAACGACGAGCCGAAAAAUAUUGUCAUGGAACUUGGAGCAACCUUAGGCGUUUUACUGAACGAAAAUGACAUAUCUACGGCGCAUAGACUUCCCCCCACGAGGAAAAUUCAAGACCGCAUUAUUGUCAAGUUCGUACGCCGCGACAUAUACGAGAAGAAAUUUAUAAGAAGAGGAAAGUUUUAA